AUGGCCUUCGAACCCUCUAGCGGCUAUGUCGCAUCCAACAGCCUGAAUGACCUCAAUGACGCCUCGCUGCCCAUCUUCAACGUCGAGCUCGUCAACCUCAAGUUCGACCGGCCCUCCGACUUCGUGGCUGCCGAGGUCGCCAACAACGUGCUGAUCCUAGCCUUCGAGACCGGCCGCAUCCUCCGUUUCGACCUCGACAGCCCCGAGGACAUUGACGAUGUUGACCUCCCCAAGAGACCCUCGGAGAUCGGCGUCAUCCGCCGCAUGUUUCUUGACCCGACCGCCUCCCACUUGAUCAUCACCACCACCCUCGCCGAGAACUACUACCUCCACACCCAGAGCCGCCAGCCCAAGGCCUUGUCGAGGCUGAAGGGCGUCCCCAUCGAGAGCGUUUCAUGGAACCCCUCCGAGCCCACGGCCUCUACCCGCGAGAUCCUCAUCGGUGCCUCCGACGGCACCGUCUACGAAGUCUACAUUGAGCCCUCGGCCGAAUUCUACCGCCGUGAGGAGAGAUACCUGAAGGCAGUCUACAAGGCCGACGCUCCCGUUGUCGGUCUGUGGACUGAUGCCAUUCCGGGGAGGCCCGACGUGCGAAGGGUUCUGGUUGCCACGCCGUCGGAUAUGCAGCACUUCGUAGGCAAGGUCGGAAGACACGGCCGUGAGGGCAGCGGGUCCAUCUAUGCCCGUCUUUUUGAGUCCGAGGUCCCCACUCCGUAUGAGCUGAACGGCGGGUCUCGCCCCGGCCCAUCUAUGCUUGCUGUGUCACCAGAUACCCAGGAAGUAGCCUCGUCCACCGCUACCGAGAACGAACGAGCCUUCGCAUGGCUAAACUCCCAUGGCGUCGUGCAUGGCAAGCUUCUCACCAACGCCGACUCUUCGAAUCUAGGGAACAUGGUUAUCCAGGGAUCCAAGAUGUUUCCCAGGUCUAAAAUUCCCCCUUCUCAAACCGCGGGCGGCCGACCAAGGGCGAUUCAAGACCCUGCGAGUUCAAUGAUUCUGAGCCACUGGCACAUCAUUCAACUGGUAGAAGGUCGCGUUGUUUGCACCAACAGGCUGAAUGAUACCAUUGUUUAUGAUCAGGCUGUGCUCGAGCCUGGUGAAACCGCGUUGGAUCUGGUCGCUGACCAGAAAAAGAGCACCUUCUGGCUGUUUACCAAACAGGAAGUCUUUGAGAUCAGUGUGUACGAUGAGAGCCGCGACGUGUGGAAGAUUCUCUUGAACCAACAACAGUUUGAUGCUGCUUCCCAGUUUGCGAAAACUCCGUCCCAGAAGGAUGCUGUUGCUACCGCUUCAGGAGACUAUCUUGUCAAGAAAGGCCAGUUUCUGGAGGCUGCUAGUGUCUACGGACGAAGUACCAAACCAUUUGAGCAGGUCGCUCUGACUUUCAUCGACCAUGGUGAACAGGAUGCAUUGCGCAAAUAUCUUACAACCAAACUUUCUACCAUCAAGAAAUCUGCCACCAUGCAGCGCAUCCUACUUGCUACUUGGCUAGUCGAGAUUUAUAUAUCCAAACUCAACGCGUUGGAUGAUACCAUUGGCACCAAGGCUGAGCUGUCCGAGAGCAUGAAUGCCCGGGAUACUGAAGACCAACUAUCACUCACUCGGAGAGAGUUUCAGGACUUUGUUUCGAAGCACAAGUCCGACCUUGACAGGAAGACUGUGUAUGAAAUUAUCAGCAGCCACGGCAGAGAGGAGGAACUGCUCUACUUCGCCACCGUUGUGAACGACUACAAUUACGUCCUGGCUUACUGGGUCCAAAGGGAACGCUGGACUGAGUCUUUGGAUGUCCUGAAGAAGCAGACCGACCCUGAAAUCUUCUAUAAAUACAGCUCUGUCCUGAUGGCGAACGUGUCGGUCCAGUUUGUUGAGAUCCUUAUGCGGCAGGUGAACCUGGAUGCCAGAAAGCUGAUACCUGCUCUUCUCAACUACAACAAGCUUGUGCAGGCGUCUUUGUCUCAGGCAACUGUCCGCUAUCUCCAGUUCGAGAUCAAUCAACACCAUUCCACGGACGCCGCGGUGCAUAACACGUUAAUCUCUAUUUACGCCUCUCACCCAUCGAGGGACGAAUCUGCAUUGCUUCAAUACCUCGAGGCCCAGUCGUAUGCGCAGGAACAGAACUACGACGCUGAUUUUGCCCUUCGCCUCUGCAUUCAGCACAAGCGUGUACAAAGCUGCGUUCACAUCUACAGUUCCAUGUCACAAUACGUCCAGGCAGUGGAGCUCGCGUUGAAGUACGACGAGAUCGACCUCGCCAGUUCCGUCGCCGACCGGCCUGAGUCGGAUCCGGCACUGCGCAAGAAGCUCUGGCUGGCAGUGGCGAAGAAGGUGAUCUCGCAGAGCACAGGCAUCAAGCCAGCCAUCGAGUUCCUCCGGCGGUCGGACCUGCUGCGGAUCGAAGACUUGAUCCCCUUCUUCCCGGACUUUGUCGUCAUCGACGACUUCAAGGAGGAGAUUUGCGCGGCGCUGGAAGAGUAUAGCCGGCAGAUCGACGCGCUGAAGCGCGAGAUGGACGAGAGCACGCAGACGGCCGAACACAUCAAGCGCGACAUCAAGCAGCUGGAGUCGCGCUACGCCAUCGUCGAGCCGGGCGAGAAGUGCUACAUUUGCCGGCUUCCGCUGCUGGCAAGGCAGUUCUUCGUUUUCCCUUGCCAACACGCGUUUCAUUCCGAGUGUUUGGGCAAGAAGGUCGUGGAGCAGUCGGGCAGGAGCAAGGCGAACAGGAUCAGCAAGUUGCAGACGGAGGUGAUGAAGGGCGUGAGCACGGGUGCGAGUAGAGAGAGGGCGGCGAGGGAGCUGGAUGAGCUGGUUGCAGCAGCUUGUAUUUUGUGCAGCGAAUUGGCUGUCAAGCAGAUUGACGAACCGUUUGUGCCGAUGAACGAGACUAAUGAAUGGGCGCUGUAA